AGAAUGAGACGGUGCGAUUAACCAAUGGUAGGUUUACGCCUGGUUUGGCGACAAGAGAUAAAAAAAAGAGAUUAAUGGAGGAAUGCCUUGAAAAAAAAACAGAUGCAGCCGGCCGAAAGCCUGACUGGCUGCAUUCGGGCCUGGCCCUUGUGCCACUUCCUCCGCAACGCCUCGCCAGUUGCAAGGACUGAAUAUCCCCCGACCGCAACGGCGCCGGUCUCCCUCGCUCCAUCCUUCUAGGCAGGCCCUCGCUCUCCCGUGGAUCCUCCGCCGCGCCGCCGCCCCUUUAUCUGAGCCAUCCAGCGGAGCGGAGAUCCAUCCGUUGGGGCGUGGAUUCAGUCCCUUCCCUUCUCGGUGGUUACUCCCACAGUGAGGGUAACUCGAAUAACUGUGAGUGCUACUGUGAGAUGGGUGGUGUGCUCUCUCUUUUAGCUUGGUGAUCAUCUGAAAAAAGGAAGUGCUGUUUAUUUCUGUAAGAUAGAAAGCAAACCAUUGGUUCAUGAAUGGUUUAGUCAUGCUAAGAAAAACAAAGUUCUAAGAACACAUAUACAGUGCACGUGCUUGCUGGCAAUAUGAAUGAAAACUCUGCCAUUAUUAUUUCGGAUAGUGAUGAUGACUCAAUUGGCUCAAUAUUCGAUGAUGACGACCAGCCAGCGUCUGCAAUCGCAAGGCUUGAUCAAAAUGCUGAAGGACGAAUAAUCAAUUUUGAGGAUGAAGAUUGGCAAAGGAGCGCUCCUGCUCCACCAUCGACUAAGCCUACUGAGAACAACAAUGGUCAAUACAGGAUUCUUCCAGCAUCCCUUACGAAUGGUAGACAUGCUGAGAGUAGUCGUUAUACAUUUGGUUCAGUGGACAGGAUUCAUCCCCAUGCAAAUCCUUAUAUGGCUAUGCGACCGGGCCAUUCUACUUCCAGUAGAAUUGAUAGCGUAGUGGAAAAGCACAACAGUUCUACAGCAGAUGCAAAUGACAAUAACAAGAGGGUCCUUCCAUCAUCCUUUUCAAAUGGCAACACAUCAAAAUCUAUGCAUCCAAUUGUUGCUAGCGAAACACGCAAGCUCCCACUGCCUUUAUCCACCAAAAAGUCACCAAAUAUUGGUGAAAACAGAAUGGGGACAAAUAUUGCCAAUGGAAAUUUGCAGCCUUCAUCUUCAAUAAUGGCAAGAGGAACUUCUAGUACACUUAAUACCCAUAAAGUGGAUGAUGAUGAUGAUGUCAUUGUAUAUGGAGGUUCUAGCUCACAUAGGGUACUGCCUUCAACGUUUGAGGCAACCAAUUCUAAUAACAGUGAAGUUGCUAAGGGCUUUGAGACACACAGUCGCCUUAAUCCUGAAAAUAGGGUCUUAGAUUACGCUGAGAGAGCAGUAUAUCAAGAAGCCCUGCAGAAUAUUAGUCGCGAAAAAAGUGAAGAUGAUCUGCCUGAGGGUGUGCUAGCAGUACCUCUGCUUAGACAUCAGAAAAUGGCAUUGGCUUGGAUGGUUUCAAAGGAGAAUAGCUCACAUUGUGCUGGUGGAAUUCUUGCCGAUGAUCAGGGCCUUGGGAAGACAGUGUCUACUAUUGCCCUUAUACAAAAACAGAGGAUGGAACAGUCGAAAUUUAUGUUUGUUGAUUCAGAUCGUUUGAAAUCUGAAGCACUAAACCUUGAUGAAGAUGAUGAGGGAGAACAAACUGUUAGCAAUGAACCUAAAAAGGACCAAGGCGCUUGUUCAUUGUCAACAUCUGCUGGUACUAGUGCUGAACUUUUUGUUAAUCAACCGAAUAAUGUUGUGAAUAAAAUGGUUGAAACCAAAGCAGAACGCAAGAAAAAAGCUAAAGUUUCCACAUCAUCUGCAUCCACCUCACGUUCCAUGACAAGGCCAGCUGCAGGUACUCUAGUAGUGUGCCCUGCUAGUGUUCUUAAGCAGUGGUCUAACGAAUUAACUGACAAGGUUAGCGAAAGUGCUAAAUUAUCUGUUUUAGUCUACCAUGGUGGUGCAAGGACCAAAGAUCCACGUGAGCUGGCAAAAUACGAUGUAGUUGUUACUACAUAUACAAUUGUGGCCAAUGAAGUACCUAAACAGAUGGCUGAUGAUGACGCAGAUCAAAAGAACAGUGAAGAACCCUCUGCUAGCAAUAAAAGAAAGCCAUCGGCGAAUAUGCAAAACAAGGCUAAGAAAAAGAAGAAGAAACUUAAGGACUCAAACUUUGACCUUGACAGUGGUCCAAUUGCAAGAGUGCGAUGGUUUAGGGUUGUGCUUGAUGAAGCUCAGACAAUAAAAAACUUCCGAACUGUAGUGGCCAGAGCCUGUUGUGGGCUAAGAGCAAAGCGGAGAUGGUGCUUAUCAGGAACACCUAUACAAAAUGCAAUUGAUGAUCUGUUUAGCUAUUUCCGUUUCUUGAAAUAUGAUCCGUAUUGCACGUAUAACUCGUUUUGCACAAUGAUUAAGCACCCAAUUGCUAGAGAUGCAAUUAAUGGAUACAAGAAACUUCAGGCUGUGCUGAAGGUAGUUCUCCUGCGUCGUACGAAAGAUUUCACACAAGAGGAGCGGUCGUUUUAUUUGAUGCUGGAAGAACGCUCUCGGCAACAAUUCAAGGCAUUUGCUGCGGCUGGGACACUCAAACAAAACUAUGCCAACAUCCUUUUAAUGUUGCUGCGACUUCGGCAAGCCUGUGAUCAUCCUAUUCUUGUAAAGGGCAAUCAGUCAGAAUAUGGAGGUGAUGGUUCUAUAGAAAUGGCAAAGAAACUUCCUAAGGAAGUGGUGAUAGAUUUGCUUGCAAAACUGGAAGUGGGGUCAACACUUUGUGGCUUAUGCAAUGAUACACCUGAGGAUGCUAUUGUGACAAUUUGUGGUCAUGUUUUCUGCUAUCAAUGUAUACAUGAACGAAUAACGACUGAUGAGAAUAUGUGCCCUGCCCCUAAUUGCAGUAGAACAUUAGGUCUUGAAUUGUUAUUUUCGUCAGGAGCUUUAAAGAUUUGCAUCUCUGGCAAAUCGAGUUCUGCAGUAGCUAGUUCAUCAUCAGAUAACGAGUCAUCUUCAAUCAGUCAAAGCAGCUUUGUCUCAUCCAAGAUACAAGCAGCCAUUGAUAUACUGAAUUCAAUCAUUGUCAUGGAUCCUCUUACUGAAAGUUAUACAAUGGAAUCAAGCAGAAGUGGACUAGGCCCUGUGAAAGCCAUUGUCUUUUCCCAAUGGACUGGCAUGCUGGAUUUGCUGGAGCUUUCACUGAAUAUCAACUGUAUACAGUACAGGAGACUAGAUGGAACAAUGUCUCUCAAUUUAAGAGAAAAAAAUGUGAAGGAUUUUAACACUGACCCAGAGGUUAGAGUUAUGAUUAUGUCACUGAAAGCUGGUAAUCUUGGUCUCAACAUGGUUUCUGCUUGCCAUGUAAUUCUCCUUGAUCUCUGGUGGAACCCUUAUGCUGAGGACCAGGCAGUUGAUAGGGCACACAGGAUUGGGCAGACUAGGCCUGUUACUGUAUCUCGCUUGACCGUUAAAGACACUGUGGAAGAUCGUAUUUUAGCUCUGCAGGAGGAAAAGAGAACCAUGGUGAACUCUGCUUUCGGUGAUGACAAAGCCGGCGGCCAUGCGACCCGGCUCACCGUGGAAGACCUGCGGUACCUAUUUAGGAUAUGAUUGCGAGGGAACUCUCUCAAUGCCUCGGUCAACUUGUCAGGUCAUGAUGCGUUGUACCUUGUAAUCGUAGUCCGGCAAAAGGGCGGUGUACCAUUGCGAGGGUAGGCUCAUUGGUCCAUGUCCGCCACGCCUUGCUGCAGCUCCAGUUUUGUGGUGCUCAGAUUUCUAGAUGGGUAAUCUAGGGCUAGAUAGCAUGUGUAAUUAUAACCCCCCAACCCCCCCUCCCCGGGGCAUGGAGGAGAGUUCCGCAGUGCCAAUGCUUUAUGAUUUAGUGUAUGUAUAUACAUGAUCACCAUGUCUAACUUGCAAUGAGUUGUUUUAGCUCGAGAUGUGAGACUGAUACUGCCAGCGGGUCAGCAUUUUGUACCUUCUGUGUUAUGUCCCUUUGCCCGUCAUCAGAAAAUCCAAAAAAUCAAAACUUU